AUGGCGCUGAUUGCGACUGCGACUGCCGCUUCUGUGACUGCGGCCGCCGCCGCUCCUCCCAAAGUCACCCUCACCCCGUGGUGCGACAACUCGUUCCGCGUCCGCGUGGCUCCGCCUUUGCUGCCGCCUGCCGCGCAGGCCGCCAGUGCCGCGCUCGCACGGUCGCUCGCCUCGAAGAACCUGACCGACCUCCCGGGAGCGCUGAUUGAGACCUGCCGCCCGGGCGCCUCGCUCGUCCCGGCGCCCGGCACGGCGGUCACCAACGGCAACCUCGCCGUCUCCGUCCGCGACGAUGGCUCGCUCACGUUCCGCCGCGCCGACACGGGCGCACUCCUCUUCAGCGCGGCGCCGUCUCUCGUGUUCAACGGUGGCACACCCGGCUCGGACGGCGGCUGGAGGACGGUCGAGGGAAAGGCGGCCCGCUCCUGCUCCUCCUCCGAGUUUGACGGCGACCUCGGCAGCGCGGAGACUGCGUCGGAGUGCCUCACCAAGGCGUCCAGCACGCAGGGCCGGCCCCGGCAAUUUCAAUGCGAUCGGAGGUGGGAGCUGAAGCCGGCGCCCGGCGCCGUGUGCUUCCUCGGCCCGCCCGUGCCAAAGGUUGGCGCGGGCUACUUCGAGGCCAACCUGACGGUGACGGCCGGCGACCGCGACGAGUUCAGCUACGGCCUCGGGCAAGGCGAGUGGACGCCAGAAGGGGGCUGCCCCGAGGCGGGCGCUGCAGGCCCGCGCGCCGUUGCGCUGCAGCUGCAGCAGCGGAAGUUCCAUGUCACCAUCCCUCUGCUCACUUCGUCGGCCGGGUACGCGCUCCUGUUCAACAUGCCCGGCUACGGCUCCGUCGCCGUCGGCAAGCGCGGCGAAGGCGGCUCACACUGGACUGCGCGCGCGGCCCUGUACCUCGACUUUUGGGUCUCCUCCGUGCCGGCGGGCGCCACCCCUCCGGCGUGGCCGUCGCUGUACCGGCAGUACGCGGACGCGACCGGCCACGCGCCUCCGUUGCGCGAGGCGGCGAUGGGGUUCUGGCAGUCGCGCAAUCGGUACAAGUCUUCGGGCAUCGCGCUCGGCGUCGCGGCGAAGUACGCCGAGAGGCCGGCCGCGGUGCGGCCGUCGGUGCUGGUCAUCGACUACAAGAACCAGCGGCACGACGGCGACUUCGCCCCCGACCCGGCCUGCUACCCGUCCGUGCGCGCCCUCUCUGACGGCGUCCGCGCGGCCAUCAACGCGACCCUCAUGUUUUCGUUCUGGCCCGAGGCGACAGAGUACGCGCCGUUGCAGCAGCGUGGCUGCCUCAUCAACGCGGACCUCGGAGGGCGCGCCGUCGAUCCGACGGUCCCAGAGCUGGACGAGACGGACGGCGAGGGCACCGGCGGCGGCGGCGACGGGGACUACGGCUACAACAGUAGCUUCGGGCCGCCCGCCGCGUACUCGAACUUGUGGGUCAACGACUGGCUGCGCGCCUUCUCGGAGCCGGUGGCGGAGGCGCGGCUGCCGCCGCUCCUCCUCACACGCGGCGUGUGGGCGGGAGGGCAGCGGCACGGGGCCGUCCUCUGGUCGUCCGACAUCCGGCGUCCACGCGUCCAUGUCGGGCAUCUCCCUGGUGGACCACCAUGUCACCUUCCAGGAACCCUCCAGGGACCUUCCAGGAACCUUCUAGGCAUCCCCUGGUGGACCACCGACGUCGGCGGCUACGGCUGCGGCUUCGUCGAGCCGAACGACUCGGAGUACAUGCGCGAGCUCAUCGUCCGCUGGUACAAUGAGAUCUGGUCGUACGGGGCCGCCACCCAGGCGCUCCUCGAGGGCGUCGUGCGGAUGAGGAACGAGUUCCCCGACGACAGAGCCUGCCGCGGCGUGGACGACCAGUACAUGCUCGGGCCAAAGUACCUCGUCGCGCCCGUGACGGCCCGCGGCGCCACCGCCCGGACGGUCGUCUUCCCCAAGGGCGCCAGCUGGCGGCCCGUCGGCGGCGGCGCCCCCGUCUCCGGCGGGCAGACGCUCAAGGUGGCGGCGCCGCUCGACACGAUCCUCGCCUUCGGCCGAGAGGCGCCGGCGUCGGAGGGGCCGCUCGUGCCGGCGUGAGGGUAGCCGUCCGUCCGGGUGUGACUGUGUAGUCCGCGCGGGGUGAGGCACCCCUGCCCCCCCCCCCCACUCGCCCCUGCCUCGAGCUCAAACCAGACGUAACGUAGACCGUCUGACCACCUAGAAGUCUCUCUCGCGAUCCUUGAAAGACCGUAGCGUCCGCGCGCUUGUUGUGAGAGCCCGAGUUGCGCCCUUGCCGCCGUGGGGGUACUUUAUCACAGGUAUCUCAGGUACGUGAGAAAAUUUCGGGUGGGUCGUUCUGGGUUGUCAUUGUCUUAGACGACUUCCUGAAAAAAUGU